AUGUCUGCGGCGGAGAAAAGCGCGGAACAAGACGAUAUUCCGCUAGCGGAUGAUGAUGAUACGGUGACAAUUAUCAGUGGCGGAAAGACUCCGCGUGCUGCGCAACCUUUGCCACGCGAAGAACCGCCUGAGGAUCCGGAAGAAAAGGCGCGAUUGAUUACGCACGUUUUGGAAUUGCAAAAUACGUUGGAUGGUGGGUUUUAUGAGGGAUUUUUUUACUGAUAGCGGAAUUUUCAAAAACAUUUUGAAAUUUUUGUGUUCAAAAUAUCAAAAAACUAUUUUUCUGGUAUUUCCGCGACUUCCUAUCAAAAAUUCUCGAUGUUUACAGAUCUCUCUCAACGCGUCGACAGUGUAAAAGAGGAAAGUCUCAAGCUUCGUUCGGAAAACAUUGUUCUCGGACAAUACAUUCAAAACUUGAUGAGCUCUUCAUCAGUCUUUCAAAAUUCUCAACCGCCGCGGCCAAAGUAGGUGUUGUGAUUGUCCAUUUUUUCCCUAUCCCUCCCUAUCACCCUAAAACCUUUACACAUUGAAUCUCACAAUUUAUUGAUUAAUUACUUACAAUUAAAUCCCCACUAACAAGCUUUAAGCCUAACUAUUUACGGUGCUUUUUGGGUUAACAGCCCAACUGGUGAAUGAAAAACUAGUCCCCGCAUAAUACCGAAAUAAAUACAUUCCCAUUCAUAUAAUUUAUGUUAAAUUUUAAUAAAUCUUUAAUUUUUCUCACAGAAAAAAAUUAAUUCGGUUUAAUCCAAGAAUUUCAGCAGUAACAACGAUGAUUUCGAUGAAUACGAGUAUUGA